CACUAGCGCACUUUCUCUCACGUGCUUUACUUCCUACUAUCCGGCAGUCAGGCAACUCACUUCAUCGUGGCCGGACGCAUUUAUUGUACUGAGAGUUUCGAAACUUUAGGCGUGAUUUUAACUUAUGAUACUUCUUAAGUAAUUCAUAUUAAGGUUUCUUAAUCGUUAGUGUUGGAAUAGUGUCUAUACAUCGAGUUUUAUAUUCCAGUUUUGAAUAAAGAAAACUACAUAAUUGUGCCGAUUACUUGUAACUAAAUUUGUCUACCACAAAACAAAAAAAACAAACGAGACUAUAAGACAAAAUUAUACAACGUUUGAGAGAGACUACUUUUAAUCUUCGAAUAAUUGUAAUUUACUCUUAUUGUUGAAUCACUUUUAUUACAUGUGAAAAACACUUAAACGUAAAGCACUUUGAGCGUUAAUCAAUUAGGUGUAAAACGCACAAUUUUGGAAUUUUUUAGUAUUAAAACUCACGUUAUAACAGAUUUUUCACUAAAGAAAUAGAGCGUUGAAAAAGAUGGAAUAUAAGUACUGUAUAUAAUUUGAAUCUAGUUCUUCAAUAAUUUCCAAUUUUUGAAAAUAAACUUUAAGUAAUUUUAUAUUUCGCUUUUUUACUAACAUCAUACGAAUUUACUGUUUGCACAUUUUACACCAAUGAUGAUUUUGAUUUGGUGUGUUAUAUUCUUCGUAUUCUCUAAAAAUGCUGAUUGCGACAUACAUCGAAAGGAGAGCAGAGGACCUUACUUUACAAAUGAACCUCCAUCACGUGUAGUAUUCUCAAAUAGUAGUGGUGCGGAAAUCAAAUGCAGUGCUGACGGUGUCUCAUUUCCCAGUACAACUUGGAUAACAAGAGAUGGAAUGACAGCGAAGGAUAUUUCAGGAAUCAGGCAUGUACGACCGGAUGGAACAUUGAUAUUUCCACACUUCACCAGGAAUAGUUACAGAGAAGAAGUGCAAAACGCUGUUUAUCAAUGUUUGGCAUCGAAUUCAGUUGGCUCUGUCUUAAGCAGAGAAGUGCAUGUCACCGGGGUGGUAAACCAGCGUUUCAAUCCUGUAGUUCACAAUGGAUUUGUAGUAAAAGGAAAUACUGCUGUUCUGAAAUGUCACUUACCAUCAUCUCUGAAAGACAUUGUUUUUGUCGAAUCAUGGAUUAGAAGCGAUGGGCUAACAUUACGCAGCAAGGAAAACAAAGCUCGGUCUUACACUGUUCUAAAGUCUGGUGAGCUCCUGAUACAUGAAUCACAAGAAAAAGAUUCAAAUUGGAGUUACCGUUGUCUGACAAGAAACAAACUAACUGGUGAAUUGGUAACCAGCGUCAAUUUUGGUACCAUAACUGUUACAGAACCUCACACUUCUACUUUGCCUCGAGUGACUUUUCAUCUGAAUCAGGCGAAAACAGAGGAGGGAGGAAAUGCAGAGCUUCCAUGCAUAGCUGAAGGAAAUCCGGCACCAUCUUACAGAUGGAUGAAAGAUCUUAAUGGUAUAUUGAAACCAAUUAAGGAGGAUGGACGAAUCCGUAUUAAUCAAGGAACUCUUCAUAUAGAAAAAACUGCCAACUCGGAUUGCGGGAAGUAUCAGUGCAUAGUCAGAAACACUAUUGGAGAGCGACGAAUAGAAACUACUUUAAAAGUUUCUGCUCCUUUAGUUGUGCAGCUAAGUCCAGCUCAUCAGGCACUGAAUAUUGGUCAGGAAGCUACAUUUAGCUGCAAUAUUAGUGGUUUUCCGGUACAUUCUGUUGUGUGGAGAAAGAAUCAACACACCCUUAAGACAACGGAAAGAGUUCAUCUUCUGUCACGUGACGUUUUGCAUAUCAGAUCUGUCAGGAGAGAAGAUAAAGGGAUGUAUCAGUGUUUUGCAUUCAGUGAUUCAGAUAACGCGCAAAGCACUGCAGAACUCAAAAUUAUAGAUAUUGCUCCAGUAUUGGUUUCAGCAUUUCCAGAAAACAUCGUACAUCCAGGCGAUGAAAUAUCUCUUCAAUGCAUUGCAACUGGUAAUCCAACCCCCCAGGUGAGAUGGUACUUUGAGAGCAAGUUGAUUGAGGAUAGACCUCGCUUUAUUGUCAGUGAUUACGUCAAUGGACAGGGACAAAUACUAAGCUUUCUUAAUGCUAGUGACAUUCACCUUAAAGAUAGCGGCGAAUACCAAUGUCACGUCACCAAUGAAGUCGGAAGUCUGUUUCAUUCAAGCCGUGUUAACGUGGUUGGACCUGCUUAUAUCAGACGAAUGCCGAAUCUAACUGCAAUUGCAGGAGAAGACUUAGUAAUUCGUUGUCCUUAUGGAGGUUAUCCAAUUAAAGAAAUUAUUUGGUUGAAAGGUGGCAACAUCCUUCCAAUGAAUCACCGUCAGAAGAUCAGCCAUACAGGGAGUUUAAGCAUUCACAGUGUGGAAAGGAUGGGAGAUGAAGGUGAAUACACUUGCAUUGUUGCCGAUGAGAAAGGUGAAACAGCGAAAUCGACAAUCCAUAUAUAUGUUGUUGUUCCUCCUGUGCUCGAAUCUCAUUUUUUUCGAGAUGUUGUUCCGGUGGAUGAAGGUAUACGUACAAAACUGAUGUGCGUUGUCACAAAAGGAGAUCCUCCCAUCUUCAUUCAGUGGUUAAAGAAUGAUCAGCCAUUUGUUUCCCACGGUGAUUUAACAGUUCAAACCUUCGAAGAUUCUUCCAUUUUGGCAUUCAACAAAGUGUCUUCAAGUGAUCGAGGUUUUUAUACAUGUGUGGCUUCCAACAUGGCCGCCUCGACAAACUUGACCACGCAACUAAUUGUAAAUGUACCACCUACAUGGACUAUAGAACCAAGAAAUGCAUCAGCAGUACUUGGAAAUACAAUUUGGUUAGAUUGUGGAGCAGAUGGUUUUCCAGCUCCAACUAUCUUGUGGAAAAAGAUGAUUCGAACAGAUAGCAGUGCAGGUGAUUUUACAUACGUUCAUUCAAAUAGCCGAGCUCACAGAUACAACAAUGGCACGCUAGUUUUGUCUGACUUGGAUGAAAGUGAUUCCGGAUCCUAUCUCUGUCAAGCAAAUAAUGGAAUCGGUUCCGGACUCAGCAAAAUAAUAUAUCUCAAAGUUUUAGUGCCUCCCAGAGUAAAGGAUCCGUAUAAAACAAAAAUAAUAAAUGAAUAUUCCGAUGUAAUUCUGAUAUGUACAGCAAACGGUGAUCUACCAAUGAAAAUGAAAUGGCUGAAGGACAAUUUAGUUUUGAAGGCAGAUGAUGACGCGAGGUACGCCAUCAGGGUUGAAACAAGGAAACUCGAAGCCACGUCUGAACUUCAUAUAACAAAUGCGACUCGUAACGAUAAUGGGACGUACUCUUGCCACGCCGGAAAUGAUUUUGGAGUUGAUGAGGCAGUCACUAAAAUGAUUGUUCAAGGAACACCUGCUCCACCAUCAAAUGUUACGGCCAUGAACGUGACCAGUCGAUCGGUCUACCUUUAUUGGGAUGUUUCAGACAAUGGAGGCAGCCAUAUUACCGGAAGUAUAGUGCAGUAUCAAGUCAUUUCCGAAAAAGAAUGGAAUGAUCGGACAUCCCAGCUCAUAGUAUCUGGAUCCGACUCAAGAGCUGUUUUAAGAGGCUUAAAUCCUGCCACUGCAUAUUUCAUUAGAGUGAUUGUCCAGAAUUCGGUUGGAAAAAGUAAACCCAGUGAAAUUAUAGAAAUUAUAACCGAAGAAGAAGUUCCUUCUGGGCCACCUUUGGAAGUCCAUAUUCAGUCUACAGGAGCUCAUUCGAUGAGAAUUUUGUGGAAGCCUCCACUUGACGAAUUACAACAUGGGAUACUCAAAGGCUAUUAUGUUGGUUAUAAGCCAUCUUCUUCAUACGAUAAUUACACUUUUAAAGCAGUUAAUCAUAAGAGCAAGAUUGGACAACAAUCCACGUAUAUAACAGAACUAAAACCAUUCACAGAAUAUGAUAUUUUCAUCAAGGCAUUCAACUCAAUUGGAGCGGGACCAGAUUCGACUGAAAUUAUGGGAAUGACUUUAGAAACAGAACCGACAUCGUAUCCAGCGUAUGGAAAAAGUGAAACAGACGUACCAUUUUACAUGAACGUAACUUUAGUGAUAUCCAUUGUAGUGUCAUCACUUGUGUUAGUCAUUCUAAUACUCAUCAUUAUUGUAUGUUUGAGAAAACAGUCUAGGCAUGGUGAUGAAGAUUCUGAUUAUGAAGCUACAAAGGAUUUGUCUUUGAUGAAUGAGAUCAAUAAACAAUUUUAUAUGAAUUCAGAAAAAAUUCCAUAUCCUUCAGUGGAUAAAGCUGAUUUUGAAGAUCGAUAUGUGCGUAUAGAGCCAGUUUCAAUCAAAAAGCCAGCACAAGACAAAGUAUUUGCGACAAUCAAACGCUGCCCUUCGAGUCAUAUCUACUCUUCAAGUCCAUACAGAAAGAAUGAGUUAUAUGUUAACUUGGGAAAAGUACCUUAACAUUACUCACGUUAUAACUUAAGGAAAAACUUUGUCAAUCGUUUUGAAGAACUGGAGCUCAACCACGCAAUUUUGAAUUGUGAUAUAGCGGAGAGAAGUCUGCACUGGAACGAAUUAAAUGCAAAACACCCACUCACAUAAAUGUUACUCAUACCUUUAUUUGGUGAUAUAUGUAUUUCGAUGUAACACAUUAAUUCGGAUCAUCAAUCAAGAAAUAUACCUGCCAAAAAAUAUUUUUACAAAAAUAUUUCACUAAUGUAUGUUAUAAUAAAACUUUAUUUU